AUGCAAGUCGACCAUCCUCAACCACGUGCCUGGCAGCGUCAUCUUGCCGGGCUCGGCGCCGCAUCUGCCGCUCUCGGCAGCACAUCCCCCACGUCUCCAAAACCCGCGGACCAGGUCAGCACCUCGCGGUCGAUCUUCAACCUCAUCAAGAAGACACGUGGCGCGCAGCCGUCCACGGGAGUCUCGGCUACGGGCGGCUCUGCUGGUCAAUCAGGAAGCGUGGGACACGUAGGAAACGCAGCUCCUUCAGUGGGGCAGUAUGGCGACUUGACGGGGCGUAACGGCGGCUCAGCGGUUACUCACGACUUGGGCCCGUCCACGGCAGCGCGCCAGCAAGCCACGUCGCAGCACGGCAGCGGCGGCGGUGGCGCCCCAUCACCUCACCAGCCGCCGCCGCAAAGUUUGAAACAGCAAGCGCAGCACGAGGCGCCACCGCCGCGUCAUCACGCUGCUGACGUGUCAAUCGAUCUGGCCGCUUUACGCGACCGCGCGGUCCGAAGCACGGCAUCUGUAGUGGAUUUCCGUCAGCAGCACAUGGUGCGGUUCUUACGAGACGCCAAUCUGCUCGCGCUGAAAGGGCGCCGCGCGUGCGCAAUGGGGGGCGUGUGGGGGGCGCACGAGGACGUUCCGGUGGUGUGGGAAGGGGAGGCGGAGGCGGAAAGCUCUCGCGGAUCGGCAAGCGCGGGGAUGGGGAGCGGCGGAGGAAGGGGAGGGGGAGAGGCGGAGAGGCAAAGCCCGCGUUCGCACGGGUCCGGGGAGGGUUUUGCGCGGAUGGGGGGGAUGGCGCAGGGAGCGCGCGCGGGUGGGGGAGUCGGCGGAAAAUUGCAUUCACGGUGUGACGAGAACGCGUCGGCGCGGGAGAGAAGGCGGGAGGAGGAUGUUCUAGGAGAGAUUAUCGCUGCUGCAGGAGCCGCCGAUUGUGAUUAUAACAGCGCGGUGCCAGCAGCAGGGGUGACUGUAACGGGACUGGACGCGGCAGCAACGACAGCCGCCUCCGCCGCCACCACCGCUGCCACGAACGCCGAACGCGGAAAAUUGGGGCGGCCCGGUAUAGGUUCAUAUAAAGCCGUCGAGGGCGCGUUCGAUGAUGAUCUGGUCCCUGCUGGGAGUAGGGUGUCACGGGCUGCGGCGAAACCAGGGGAGCAGGAGCUAAGGGGAGAGUCAGGGAGGCAGGAGAAGGGCGUAGAAAGGCAGAACAGCGGGAAGAAGCGGGGGUUGAGUCCGCUACGUCUGCGUCUCUCUGCAAGCAGCAAGUACUACAGAUCCCUGUCCCUUCCUUAG